AUGAAACCUUUGAAUAAUUUUACCGACAAGCCACCUAAUAUCCUAAUUUAUACUGGCUCCAAUGAAGAUACAACUAAAAGCUACAUGAAUACGUAUUCCAUACUCUCUCAAUGUUUGAGUAGGGAUAGAUACGUUGUAUACCAUCUGAAAAGAAAUCAAAUCAACACCACGCCAUGGAUAGAAAAUACCAUGGUGCUAAUUUUAGCCGUCAAUAAAAUCCCAAAAAACGAUGAUGAAAAUGUUUUUUUGAGAUAUUUUUUAGGUGGCGGGUGCGUGAUAAGUUUAGCGUGCAAUUUCGAUGAAUUUUUUGUCCGAAGAGUUAAAUCUUUAGCAGAGAUGAGUGGUACUAAUUAUAUUGUUAGACUGAAGUAUGGGAAGUGGAAUGAUGUUAGCGUUGUCAGCGGUUGCAAUGUGGGCUACGACGAUGUAGCACCAUCCAUUUUGGAUGAAGUUUCAUGUACUCCACUGGCUCAAGAUAGUCAAUCUAAUAAUCAAUUAAUUGUACUUGCUAGGCAUCAUCUGAGUUCCGGUGUCGCUCUGCUAUCUCAGGUAAACUUUGAAAAGGAUGCAUCGGACCUGACAACGAGCUCAGAAGAGUUCAUUCAGUUGAAACAAUCAAACCUAGAGAGAAUUGAAAUUUUCAAGAACAUUCUUUCAAAUGAUUUGGGGUUGAACUGUGAACAGACUGAACCACCUGCACUAUCACCUGUUCUCUUGCUUGCUCCCAAUGAGGAAGGGAAUGUCUACGCUGCUAACAAACUAUUUUCCUAUCAUUUUACUACAUCUCAAGAUUAUUCUAGCUCUGCAACAACAUCUACUACAAAUACUAAUAAUUCUAGCAAUGACAACAACAUUAAUAACAUUACUACUACUUUUACUGCUACUAAUAAUACUAACAAUAUAUACUUCAUAACCGACUCGUCGAAUGUACAAAAUAAAUUUAACUUAGAUGUUUAUAAGAAGCAUCUGAGAAGUGAAGUCUUAGGUAAUGUUGUACUUUAUGCCGACGUUGUCUCUAGCACUAUGGAUACAUUAGAUCAUUACCUAAUUCACAUGCCCUCCCAUCUUGGUUUGGUCACCAUAGCCUCCAUGCAGACAUCUGGACAAGGCAGGGGAGGAAAUGUUUGGUUGAGCCCUGAGGGAUGCGCCUUAUGUUCCCUGCACAUAAGACUGCCCCUGAACUCACCUUUGGGCCAACAUGUGUCGUGUUUGCAGCAUCUUGUUGCCCUGGCUAUCGUGCUGUCCGUCAGAGAAAAGAAAGGUUAUGAGGAUAUUGACUUAAGGAUCAAAUGGCCAAACGAUAUAUACUUCGCUGAGAAGUUGAAAUUAGGAGGGAUUUUGAUCAGAUCAACUAUAAUGCAGGACCUCAUUCAUAUCAAUCUUGGUUGUGGAAUCAAUAUAUGCAAUAAGUACCCAACAACAUGCAUCAAUGAUCUGAUAGAACAACACAACAAACUGCGUGCUGGCCAAUCAGAACCUCUCCCCACUUUCACUGUCGAAGAGUUUCUUGGCCGACUGAUAUCUCAAAUUGAUCGAUUGAUUCAAACGUACCAGUCAGAUGAAGGGGCAGAGUUCUUUGAACUCUAUUACAACUAUUGGCUUCACAAUGACCAAGAAGUUACACUGAAUAGCAUUGACGGGCCUCGGGGCCUCAUAAAUGGCAUCACAAAAUUUGGUUACCUGUCAGUACGAUUGGAAGAUGGUACAAUAGUAGAAGUACACCCGGAUGGAAACAGUUUCGACAUGAUGAAAAAUCUCUUAGCCCCAAAAAUUAAACGUUGA